CCGCCAGCCUCCAGCCGCCCUCAGCCAGCGGCCCACUCCCGUUGAGUCUCUUCCCUGGUCUCGGUUCCCGUUCCGGUGAGUCUCGGUCGGUCUCAGGACCCCGGGCACCCCGGCAGGUCUGCAGGACCGGAGCUGUCCAGUCCCGGCGGGACAUGGCCUUGCGACUGGCCCGGCUGGGCGCGAGCCCCGGCUGGCACGCGCUGCGGAGCGACUAUGGCCAGCUGCGCGCUUGGUCCCCGCGCGGCGGCUGCCAGUCCUGCCAACCCCGCCAGUGCGGUGUCAGCCAGCUGCCUGGCACCGCCGGUACCCAGUCUCGCCGCGGGCUGGGCCACAGCCCCUCGGCUGGAGGCGGGUCCUGGUUGGGGACCGGGCUGGCCGCGGCACUGGCGGGGUUGGCAGGACUGGCAGCCGCCGCCUUCGGGCACGUGCAGCGGGCGGAGAUGGUGCCCAAGAGCUCGGGGGCGCGAAGCCCCUCGCCUGGACGGCGGGAGGAGGAGGGUGACGAACUGGCCCGCCGCUGCAACGCUUUCAUGAGCUCGCCGGUGACCGACCUGCGUGAACUGCGGAAGAGACCCGAGGACAUGAAGACCAAGAUGGAACUGAUGAUCAUGGAUAUCCAGGCCCAGGUGUGUCGGGCUUUGGCACAAGUAGACGGAGUCGCUGACUUCUCUGUGGACCGAUGGGAGAGGAAGGAAGGGGGUGGAGGCAUCACCUGUGUGCUUCAAGAUGGCCGUGUGUUUGAAAAGGCUGGGGUCAACAUUUCUGUCGUUCAUGGGAAUCUCUCGGAGGAAGCAGCAAACCAGAUGCGAGGCAGAGGAAUGUCUCUGAAGAGGAAGGAUGGUAAACUGCCAUUUACUGCUAUGGGUGUAAGCUCUGUGAUUCACCCCAAGAAUCCCUAUGCACCCACUAUGCAUUUCAACUACCGAUACUUUGAAGUAGAAGAAGCUGAUGGUGGUACCCACUGGUGGUUUGGGGGUGGAUGUGACCUCACGCCAACAUACUUGAACCAAGAGGAUGCUGUCCAUUUUCAUCGCACUCUAAAGGAAGCUUGUGAUAAGCACGGGCCAGAUAUCUACCCCAAAUUUAAAAAAUGGUGUGAUGACUACUUCUAUAUAGUGCAUCGUGGAGAGCGGAGGGGCAUCGGAGGCAUCUUUUUCGAUGAUCUCAACGUUCCAUCCAAGGAGGAAGCAUUCCGCCUAGUUAAGACGUGUGCGGAAGCUGUGGUUCCUUCCUAUGUCCCCAUUGUGAAGAAGCACUGUGACGACUCAUUCACCCCCCAGGACAAGCUGUGGCAGCAGCUGAGGAGAGGACGGUACGUAGAAUUUAAUCUGGUGUAUGAUCGGGGUACCAAGUUUGGCCUCUUUACUCCGGGAUCCAGGAUCGAAAGCAUCUUGAUGUCUUUACCUCUAACGGCCCGGUGGGAGUACAUGCAUUCACCCCCAGAGAAUUCCAAGGAAGCCGAAAUUCUGGAAGUACUGCGCCAUCCGAAGGACUGGGUACAUUGAUGCAGCAGAACGUUGUCCUGGGGCCUGGUGAACACACGUGUGGUCUUCUUGCGCUGUUGCCACUGUGUGGCAGGCAAUCCUUUGUGCCUUGCUGUCCCAUGUUCCAGCCUUCUCCACUCUGGGCACUACCUCUGUGGCAUGGCUUUGGAUCUUUCCCAGUGCUGUGGGGUGAGGUGGCAAUGAUGGAUGGUGAUGUAAACAUGCCAGAUUCAUUGGCUGUAAAACCCGUUUGUACUUUUAGAAUCAUGUUCUAUGACCAGUUAAUUUGUGUUGAGUCUCCAGGUCUGAAGAUGAGGGAAUGUAAGUACCAGGUAUUUAUGUUGGGUCUCCAGGUCGUAAGAUAAGGGAAUGUAAGUACCAAGUAUUUAUGUUCGGUCUCCAGGUCCUAAGAUAAGGGAAUGUAAGUACUAUAAUAUGGACCAGGAAACUCUUCGUUUUGUUUGUUGCUCGAAGGUUUAGUUUUUGCCACCGAAAUUUAUCAGGGGAUGCAUUUUGUCUUCGUUAGUUCAGUCAGAUUGGCCUUCUUGGUAAUUUUUGAAUGCAAUUUGAAGCCUGGUGCUCAGGAGCAAAAGCAGGCAGAUCUCUAUGAGUUCAAGGCCAGUGUGGUCUACAGAGUGAGUUCCAGGACAGCUAGGGCUACACACAGAUAAACCCUACCUUGAAAAACCAAAAAGUAACUUGAAGGAACAUGUUUUCCUUUGUCAUUUUAGAAUUUUCUUUAAUGUAAUUUUCAUGUGUCUUUCUCUAUAGACCAGAAUACUAUAGAAAUACUCAUUUUUUAUAAAGAUAGUUAUUUAGGAGCACUUGAAAUUUUCUUAAUCAGUUCCUGCAUUAUAAUUCAAUGAUGACCUAUUGUUUACAACUGUAAAUGGCAUUGUUUAAAUAGGGAACAUCUAAAUGACGAGGGUUUUUUGUGGGAUUAUAAUUUGCUGACAUUAGGAUUCUAUGUAUUUUUGGGCAAAAGCUUAUAUCCCUGGAUUCUGAUACGUAGAGUUUUAUAUUUCAGACAUUUAGAUAUAGGAGUUUAGACUAAGAAUGAAUGAGAAACAUUUUCCUUCUUUAAUUAAAAUGAAUGGAGCUAAUCUAACAUGUGGGCAUUUUAUAUUUCUUAAAAACAAUUGAAGUUGUCCUACUUUUCAAAUGAGAGAUUUCUCAACUUUUAUCUUUUCUCUUAAAAGUCAUAGCAGAUUUCUUAAUGCAUGGUUUAUCUGUCUAAUAAUAGUAAGACUGCAUCGUGUUAUUUGAUUCGCAAUGUAUUGAAUUUGUAAGGUGCGGUAUCUCAUACAUGUUUAAAUAUUAUCCUGGAAUAUGUUGGAUGUAUGCGAUUGUGCUUGACACUUUUAGGGUAAGAAAAAUCUACAAAUUCUUCCAUAUGUCUUAAAGAGAUUCAAAUAAUAAAUUUUAUUUUGAAAUAA